AUGAUUUUUAUCUAUGGGGAUCGCCUCUUUGGGAGAUGCGACGAAAUAGAGGGUGUUGGCCAUGUAGUAACCCGAUUUACCCAUAUUUAUUACUUCCCACUGGUUCCGAUGGGAUCCUCUUUUGUUUACCACGAUAGGAGAUCUACCAAUCCAGCAGGAUUCUGUUGCUGUGGCUACGGCUGCUGUGGUGACAGGGGUUGUGCCUGGGUAUUGGCGCCCGUGCUCCCCCUGAGCUGCAAGUCCAUAGGGAUGGCAUAUUUGCAAGCCACCGCUGUCGUGGCGGGUAUGGUGCUGUUGGUCACCGGAGCCGUCCAAUUGUCCGCCGCUACUGACCAAAAUCCGUAUCGACAACGACAUCAGGGACGCCAUGACCUAGUAAUUGCAAUCAUUUUGACCAUUGCAGGUCCACUUUGUAUAUUGACAUCCUGCUUGGUGCAACGAUUCUUCAGGCAUGCCACUUUGGAACGAGCUAGGGAAAUAGCAGAACAGAUUGGUCGUAGAGAUCUUUUGCCUCGGAUCGACAGCAUAUAUGGUGGUAAGGCCAAUGUCCAAAAGGUGAGGCGGCGUCGCCGUCGUCGCAAAGAACAAGGAUGCCAAUACGGCGAUGUGUCAUUGUCUAAUGCUGACGAUGACGAUGAGACGGAGGUGGACACCUUUCAAGACGAAGAGGAGACUGGUCUCCCUCUAGUAGCAGAUAUUCCUGAAACCGAUACAAAUACGUCGAAUGUGGAAAUGACGGAAGCAAAACAAGCAGAUGUCUGUUUGAAGUAG